GACGAAGAGAUUCGAAAACCCCACGUCAAGCACACAGCAGUGACGGCGUUCCGCCACCGUCUCCGCCGACCGCCACCACCUCUUCACUUCCCUCUUUUUCACUUUGUCCUUUUGUUCCUUCAAAUUGUUCUUCGCCACGUAUUCAACUCAGAAUUGAAAAAGCAAAGGGAAGAGGGGCAGCAAUUCGGAUCGGAAAUGGGUCAAGCUGGAGCUGGAACACAGAAAUCAAAGCCCGAAGAUGUUUCGUGAAGAAUCUUCCGCCUCAGUUUUCUGCUGAUGGAUAGUCUCUUCUUCUCAGCCUGCCUUCUCUCUCUCCUCCUCUUCAAUUUCUCUCUCUUCCCAGGGGCGGAAUCGACGACGUUCAAGUUAGUGAACAAGUGCCGCCGCACGAUUUGGCCGGGAAUUCUUACCGGCGCUAACCGGCCGCCGCUAAACCCCACCGGAUUCGUUCUGAGGAGCGGAAAAUCGAGGACGCUCCGGGUGCCCCAUUCGUGGUCGGGUCGGGUUUGGGCUCGGACCCACUGCUCCACGGAUCCUUCCACCGGAAAAUUUUCCUGCGCCACCGCCGAUUGCGGCUCGGGGAGAGUUGAAUGCGCCGGGGCCGGCGCGAUUCCCCCCGCCACUCUGGCGGAGUUCACCCUGAACGGCGAUCAAGGUCUGGAUUUCUACGACGUAAGCUUGGUGGAUGGGUACAACCUCCCAAUGCUUAUAAUCGCCAGGGGAGGUACAAGCGGGGGAUGCAGCUCCACAGGGUGCCUUGUCGACCUGAACGGCGCCUGCCCGAGGGAGCUGACGGUGGCGCGUGGAAACGGUAGCCGUGAGAGCGUCGCGUGCAAGAGCGCGUGCGAGGCUUUCGGCGAUCCGGUCUACUGCUGCAGCGAAGGGUACAACACACCGGAGACGUGUCACCCGUCGCCAUACUCGAUCUUCUUCAAGCAUGCUUGCCCGCGCGCCUACAGCUACGCUUACGAUGACCAUACCAGCACCUUCACCUGCGCCGGCGCCGACUACCUAAUCAUCUUCUGCCCGCUGCCGUACACCAGCCUGAAGCUGCUUGGAGCGCGCAAGGAAGUAGCCGAUUUACCACUUGUUAACAAAUCUAUGAUGUACAUUGGAAGACAUCACACAAGCUUGUCGUCUCCAGGCUGAAGAGUGAGUCGUUUUAUAGCAAUCCCAAAAUGUCGUGUCAUUACUCCCUAAUGAGUCGGAUCACAUUGUCGAAAUUCAUGGUGGCGUAUGGUGCAACACGAACACCCUUUGUAUGCAGGUUACGAUUAACAUUUUUUGUGCCUUUGUAAUGUUUUUUGUUAAGUUCACGGCAAAUAUUCUGCAUUCUGUCCUUUCUCUGCGACGAACAUAUGUGACACUGAUCAAGAUAGAUAGAAUUUUAAGGUUUAGUUUUCUUCCAUGUGGUGCAUAUGCUGUUAAAGCUUUCCUUUAUUCUGUGCCUGCUCGACGUAGGAAGGCAAAAAAUUAUGCUCGAAUCCGAGACGGGACGGACAAAAUUUGUUGGCUUUUAUGAGAUGCUGUUUAUCUUAGCUUUCUUUA